AUGACAGCUGAUGAUAUAUUUUCUGUUGGCGAAGAUCACAUCAUUUAUAAAUAUAAUGUUGUACAAAAUGAAGUUGUAAAAAUUGCCGAGUUACCACCAGAACUAUUUCCGUUGGAUAUGCAUUGGUUGCCAAAAGGUGCUAGUGGAGGAGUAACUGGUGCUAUUAGUACAAAACGAACGGUGGGAUCAGAUUUAUUUGUAUUGGGCACGAGUGAUGGAAAAUUUUGUUUUGUUAAUAAAACUGGACGAGUUGAAAAAGUUAUUGAUGCUCAUCGAGGUGCAACAAUCUCAGUUCGUUGGAGUCCAGAUGGUAGUCAGUUUGCAACAGCUGGCGAAGAUGGACAAGUUCGAAUUUGGGCGAGAUCUGGAAUGCUUCGAUCAAAUUUAGUUCAAUCAACAAUGCCCAUAUUUUGUGUUUGUUGGUCAGCCGAGAAUGAUUCUGUUUUAUACUGUACCGGAAAACAUCUCAUAAUUAAACCAUUGUCACCAAAUACAAAACAAAAUAGUUGGAAAGCACAUGAUAAUAUUAUUUUGAAAUGUGACUGGAAUACUGUUAAUAAUUUGAUUAUAUCUGGAGGAGAAGACUGCCGCUAUAAAAUUUGGGAUACUGUUGGUCGACAAUUGUUUGUGAGUGCAGCGUAUGAGUAUCCGAUUACAAGUAUUGCCUGGGCACCAGAUGGUUCAAAUUUUGCCGUUGGAUCUUACAAUACAUUGCGCCUUUGUGAUAGUGCUGGAUGGUGUCAUUCAACAGAAAAACCGAAAGACGGUAGUAUUUAUGGAUUAUCGUGGUCUGGUGAUAGUACACAAUUAGUUUGUGGUUGUGGGACAGGUCGAGUAGGAAUUGGAUAUAUAAUUGAACGUCGAAUUGAUUGGCGACAUUUAGAAUUUAUUCUAAUUGAUUCAAAAAUUAUAUCUGUUUAUAAUUGUGAAACAGAAUUAAAAGAUAAUAUUGAAUUAAAAGAUCGUCUAGUUAAAAUGUCUGUUGGAUUUGGUUUCUUAAUAAUUUUGACAACUAAUCAAGGUUUAAUAUACAAUUGUAAAUCAUUUGGUCAUCCGGCAACAUUUGAUUUACGUGAUAUGCCCAUGAGUUUAAUUGUUCAAGCAGAAAAAUAUUUUUUAUUGUCAGAUGGUAUUAAUUUAUUAAUCUAUUCUUAUGAAGGUCGGCUUGUAUCAACUCCAAAAUUAAACUCGACAAAAUCAGAUUCGAUUAAUAUGAAUACAGUAUCAUUGAGUUCAGAUACGAUCGCCAUUCGAGAUUCAACAGAUAUAAAAUCAAUCAUAUUCUUGGAUAUUAGCGGAAAAGCGAUUGGCGAUGGAAAACCUCUAUCACAUUCGUAUGAAGUAAUACAAAUUGCACUUGAUCAAACCGGCACACAAAAUGAACGAAAAUUAGCGUUUGCCGAUAAAUUUCAAGAUUUAUUUAUAAUGCUCGUGAGAUCAAAUAACCAACAGACAAUGAAUCAGCGAAUAAGAAAAUUAUGUACGACUAUUGGAAGUUUUCGGUGGAAUGACAAAAAUUCUAUGGUAGCAGGAAUAGCAGAUGGAAAGUUAAACAUAUGGUUAUAUCCAAAUGUUGUUUUUAUUCAGCCAAAUCUUGUUCAAAAAACAAUUUAUCAUUUAGAUUCCAGUGACUUUGGAAAGAAUCCAUCGAUAUCGGAUUUUCUCAGUAGUAAUAUAACAAUAAGAAAAUCAACCGGGGCACUUAUACAAUGUUCAAUACCUGUCUAUUAUGAAUUGUGUCUUGAUCUAUUAGCAUCUAAUCGUGCAGAAGAUGCAUUACAAUUAUGUCAAUAUAUAACCGAUGAUACAAUCUAUGCAUUAAUUGGUAUCAUAUCAUUGUAUAAUCAUGAUUUUGAUUCAGCUGAAAAUGCUUUUGCACAAUUAUCGGAAACAGAAAUGGUCUACUGUUUGCAACAGUUACGCUCUAUACCAACCAAAGAAGAAAGAGACGCAGAGUUAGCGUUGUUGACCGGUGGAAAUAUCCAAGAAGCUGAGGGAUAUUAUCUUCAAGGAAACAAACCAUUACAUGCUAUUAUGCUUCACAUUAAUCAGCACAACUGGGAUCGACAAAAAUAUCUGCAAGACUAUGGUGGUGGGAAAAAAGAAACGAACCCAAAAUAUUUGCAGGCAAUGAAAACCACCGAUGUUGAUUGGAAUAAAAUUAAUGUUAAAUUAAAAAGAGAAUUAGGAGAAACAAGUACAUUAAGGAUACUUGAUUAA